AAGAGGCACCGCACUCACGUUGCCACAUUGACUUUACACGUCAGUGCAGCUUGUGGCCGCUAUUUUAGCAGACAUGGACAACAUCAAGGAUGGCUGGUUUAAGGAGACAUGCACGUUAUGGCCGGGGCAAGCGAUGAGCCUCGAAGUGGACGAAGUUCUGUACAACAAGAAGUCCAAAUUUCAGGACAUUAUGGUGUUUAAGAGUAAAACAUAUGGGAAUGUUUUGGUGUUGGAUGGAGUGAUACAGUGCACAGAGAGGGAUGAGUUUGCAUAUCAAGAAAUGAUUGCCAACCUCCCGAUAUGCAGCCAUCCCUGCCCCAAGAAGGUGCUCAUCAUCGGCGGUGGAGAUGGUGGUGUGCUGAGAGAAGUGGUGAAACAUCCACUGGUUGAAUCAGUCGUUCAGUGUGAGAUUGAUGAGGACGUCAUUAAUGCAUCGAAGAAGUACCUCCUAGGUAUGGCCCAAGGGUUUUUCAGUCCCAAGCUGACCCUCCAUGUUGGAGAUGGCUUUGAGUUUAUGAAACAGAACCAGGAUGCCUUCGAUGUCAUUAUUACAGAUUCCUCAGACCCUGUUGGUCCUGCUGAGAGUUUGUUCAAGGAGUCUUACUAUCAGCUGAUGAAGACAGCAUUAAGAAAGGGUGGAAUUCUCUGCUGCCAGGGAGAGUGUCAAUGGCUCCAUUUGGAGCUGAUAAAGGAGAUGCAGACCUUUUGCAAGUCCUUAUUCCCUGUGGUGGACUAUGCCUACUGCACCAUCCCCACUUAUCCCAGUGGGCAAAUCGGAUUCAUGCUCUGCAGUAAAAACCCUGAGACGAAUUUCCGGGAACCAGUGAAAGAAAUGACAAAAGAAGAGGUGGAAAGUAUGAAUCUUAAAUAUUACAACCCAGAGAUUCACAAAGCUUCAUUCAUUCUUCCUGAGUUUGCAAGAAAGGUACUCCGCGAAGCAUGACCGCCCGUGUUCAUCCCUCAUCCUGCCCUCAGACAACAGAUGUACAUCCCUGUUCGACAGCUUUUUCACCUCCUCAGAGCUCAGCACAGUUCACCAGAGAGAACAGAGAAAGGUUUUAUGAAUGACAGCAUGGAAGGAAAGUGGGUGGGAACGUACUGAGUUACAGAAAACGUGUAGUUUAUUCAGUGUUUCCUUCCUUCCAGUCUUACAUACUCUUGAUGUUUAUUUAUUUUUUCAGACAUACUUGGGUUUUCCUCCUUUUUUUUUUUCUUUUGUCCUCAUUUUAACUCAAGCUCCUGUGGUGAACAUUUGAUGGGCUGGGCAGAGCGGGAAGAGCAUUACUAUCAAACCUGACCUCACUCUGAUAUUAUGUACUGUUUAUUGAAAUCACUGUAUCCACACAGUAUGUAUAUGCAAUAUAUUACAUAGCGUGUAUGUAUAUGUAAUGUAUUGCUGCUUUUUAUCGGUGUUAUAUUUCAGUUUCUGCACAUGGGAAACUGCAGACUUGCCAUUUGUCAUAAGUGUAUGUUAUGAAUACUAACAUUUCCACCAUAUAUGAACCCUAUAGUGCCUGUAAUUUUUAACUGGUUGGAAAAGUUGUCGUUGAGUUGUUGUAUUGUACCAGGCAGGCGUCUUAAGAGUUGAGAUGCUCGGCUUUGACCAUCAAGUAGAUAUGGACUUAAAUGUUAUGUUAUUAAUUAAUGAUUAAACCAUCAACAAAGAUCUUGAAGACAUUUACUUAUUAUGCAAUUAUAAUUUGAGGUAUUAGAUAAGGACUACUGAUGGGAAGCAUGUAUGCCAAGGUUUACAGCAGGAUUAAUCAUCUCUUAAUUAAUGAAAAGCUAAUUGUCUCAGUGUAGUUCACUUGUUGAGCUGAUGUCCACUGUUUUAAGUUGCUAUCUUUUUAGUUGUAACUCCUCAUUGAAUCCUUAUUGAGAUGUGUAGACAUAACCUCAGCAAUGAAACUGUGUUUUUAUAAGAAAUAUGAACUGUAAUAAAUCCAUUAAAAACAAAAUGGUUAAAGGAGG